AUGGCCAGCAAGGCGAUGUGGGAGGUGGAUCCGGAGACUCGAUCAAAGCUCCUCGAGAUCCAAAAAACCAACCAAAACGACCGGUGCUGCGACUGCGGGGCCCCCUCUCCGCAAUGGGCGUCCCCGAAAUUCGGGAUCUUUAUAUGCCUCAGUUGUGCGGGGGUACAUAGGGGAUUGGGUGUGCAUAUCAGUUUUGUGCGGAGUAUCACGAUGGAUGCGUUUAAGGCUGUUGAGAUUCAGCGGAUGAAGGAGGGGGGGAAUAGUGUUUGGAAGGGCUUUUUUGGGGAGGCGGAGGGGAAUCAGAUGGCUGGGAUAACAAAUUGGGUGGGGAGGAGUGACAAAUGGGACUGGGGAAGAUCGAGAAGAGAGUUGUUGACAGUGGACCUGCACAGCUGGGACGACGCAACAAUCGCAGAACGCUACUCCGGCGAGGUAGGCGAAGAAUACAAAGAGCGUCUAACCGCCAAAGUCGAAGGAAGAGAAUACGUACCGGGCAGCAAACCACCGCCAUCCUCAACCACCUCCCGCUCCCAAACGCCCCGUUCCCAAACCCCCAUCUCCACUCGUCAAGCGAGCACCUCCACCCCCUCUGCCUCCGCUUCCCUCCCACCAGGCUCCAAAGCCAAAGUCGACGACAAAUACUUCGCCGGCCUGGGCGCCGCGAACGCGAGCCGUCCAGACGACCUACCUCCUUCUCAAGGCGGAAAAUACGCCGGUUUUGGAAGCCAGCCAGCGGAAGCGCCGAAGCGGGAUGCUGCGUUACCGGGCUUCGAUGAUCUGCAGAAGGAUCCGGUGGCUGCGUUGAGCAAGGGGUUUGGAUGGUUUACGAAUACCGUGGGCAAGACGGCGAAGCAGGUUAAUGAGGGCUGGGUGCAGCCUACUGCUACUAAGUUAGCAGAAACAGACCUCGCAGCCCAAGCCCGCCUCACAGCCGCGAGCGUCGCUCGCGGCGCGCAAACAGGUGCGAAGAGCGCAGCAGACGGCUUUAACCGGUUCGUCGAAGGCACGGCGUCGAAUUCAUCUGGAUCGGGGGGUGGUGGCGCCUAUAGAGAUGUGCCGAUCGAUGAGAGCAAGAAGGAUUUUUGGGACAGCUUUGCGGAGGCCGGAGCCGCGAGACAGCAGGGGAUGGGAGGGGGGAGGCCGAGCGCGGUGGGGACGAGCGCUAUUAAGAAGAAUACGGGGGGAGGGAUGGGUGGGCCGAUGGCGGGGAAGAAGGAUGAUGAGUGGGAUAAGUGGUAG